CGUGGGAUUGUUGUCAUCUGUUUUACAGUGUGGAGUGUGUGGACGUGAUCAUGUCGGAUCAGGACUGUGCUGCCGGGGACAAAAGCUCUCUGAGCGGCCUGAUGCUCGCGUCGCACGCCCCGCUGGAUGACGCGCAGCGCGCGGGCCGGAUGAAGUGCUCGCGUUGCGGAGCGUCGCGCAUGUUUUACUGCUACAGCUGCUGCGCGUUGGUCGGGCUGGAGCCGCGGGACGUUCCGAGCGUCAAGCUGCCGGUGAAGAUCGACAUCAUCAAACACCCGAACGAAACGGACGGCAAGAGCACGGCAAUUCAGGCCAGAAUCCUCGCGCCGCAAGACGUCACCAUCUACACAUAUCCCUGCAUCCCCGAGCUGGACCAGAGCGCAGAAAACAUCGUGCUGGUGUUUCCCGGACCGGAUGCGAUGACGGUGGAGGAAUUAUGGGAGUAUUUUUCUGCCGGUGGAGCGCAGAGAUCGAAGAGAUUAAAGGCGGCGGCUUCUGAAACUCACACCUGCCCGAUCCAGAGAGUGGUUUUCAUCGACAGCACCUGGAACCAAACCACCAGAAUCAUCACAGAUGAACGUCUCCAAGCUUUACCACACGUGGAGCUCAAGAGCAGAAGAACCUGUUUUUGGCGGCGUCAGAAAGGCAGUCCGGACACAUACCUGGCCACGAUAGAGGCCGUUUACUACUUUCUGAAGGACUUGCACAGCCACUACUUCUCCGAGUACACGGGAGAAUACGACAACCUGCUGUUCUUCUUCUCAUUCCUGCACAAACUCAUCAAUAAAGCCAAACAGGCUGCUGGGAAAGUGUGAAACAAACAAACAACCACGAUUAUUUGAAUGCGAUGGAUGCAUUUUGUCACAGUGAGAUUUAAGUAUUUUUUAUUUACAAGUCAAAGGCCGCAUGCAUAUUCCCAGAAUGCUGAAACAUUCACUGAUUGGAUUUCUAAGGCACUUUAAUGUGUGUUUGACAAUAAAUGAUUUCUUGCACUCU